AUGUUUUUAUGUAUUCGAAAUACAUAUAUAUAUUUUUUUUGUGUUCAAAUACGUGAAAAACUAAAUUAUGCUCAUCGUGAUGUAUAUUAUCUUCAAGAAAAAAAUCUUAUACUUGAAAAUCAAAAUCAUUUUCUUGAAAAUGAAUUUAAACGACAAUUAGAUAAAAUAGUUGAAGAAAAAAAUGAACAUAUUAAUCGACUUAUACAUAUUAUUGAUCAAACAUAUACACGAUCAACUCAAAUAAAUAAUCAUAUUAAUGAUGAAUAUUAUUCAUCAAAAGCUGAAGAAUUAUCAAAAAAAUUUAUGGAACAAAAUAUUGAAUUACAACAUGAAAUUGAAACAUUUCGUUCUAAACUUGAUUAUAUUGUAACAUAUAUUAAUCAAAAAUUGGAUCAACAAAAAAUAACAACAACAACAUUAUCAUCUUUAUCUAUACAUCAAUUAGUAUUUGAAACUAUGCAACAAGAAGAAAAUGAUCUUUUAAAAUAUUUAGUAUGUAUUAUUAAAAUUUAA